UCUUAUUCAGUUCAGUUCAGUUCAGUCGUUCGGGGUUUAGUCAUCAACACAAGUUACUAAGUGAGUAGUGUUUUGUUGUUGUUAGAUAACUGUCUUUUCAAAUUUUAUUGCUAUUAACAUCUCAGAAAGUUUUUAUAUUUUUAAAUAUCAGGAUUAAUUAUCCUAAAGAGCGUGUUUGUUGUUGGGAUUUGUAUAAAAUGUAUAAUUGGGAUUUAUAACAAGUCACUGCAUAGUUUCUGUUUUGUAUUACAACAAAUAGCCUAAUACAUCAACUAGAAUUUACUUGUAACCAUGUCAGAGUAUGAUGAGAUCGUGAAAGGUCCAUUGAAGUUAAAAUCUGGUGGUGUACAGAAAAGUAAAAAGAAAAAUAAGCACAACAAAAAACUGUUAGAGCAAGUGUCUAAUGAUGCGGAAUCAGCCAAGGAAGACAAAGUUGAAGUGACAGCAACCAAAGCAGAAAUAGCUUUUCAAAAAAUGCAAGAAAAGAUGCAAAAGGAAAGAAUUUUACAGAAAGCCUCUAUGACUCACAAACAAAGAGUGGAAGAAUUCAACAGACAUCUGGAUAGCCUCACUGAACACUUUGAUAUUCCUAAAGUCAGCUGGACAAAAUAAAAGUUUAUUUUUAUAUUUUGGACUUUUUUAAUCAGCCAAAAAUUAUUAAGAAAUUUUGUGAUUAUGUAUUCUAAUAGACUAUAAACUUUAUUGUGACUAUAAACACAGAGGUGUGGGAUGACAACAGUGUUUACUCAGAUAAAACAUACGUGGCUCAAAAUGGAAUUAAGAGAGCCAAAAAGAAAACGAGUUGGAAACCACAUCAAACCUCAGCAACCAUUUCCAAUUCUGAUAGAAAGUGAAAGUGGAAUUCCAGCUGACAGUGACUUGUGGCCGGUUUAUAUUGGCAAUUUCACCGGCGACUGUGUUAUUAUAUGUAAUCCAGAGGAAAUGAAGUCUUUAUAUACUAUGGGAUUCUUCGGUAAAGGCUCAUUGUCAAGAGGGUAUCCUUCAUUUGGACUAAUAAAGAAAGGAAUCCCACCAAUCAUAAAGGAAAGGCAAUGGCAAAGACGAAAAUCCUGGAUUGAUAAAAUGAAGAAAAACUUAAGUGACACAUUUAAACAAGUGAACGACAUAACGAAUACCUCUGGUGACGUAUAUGAGGGAGAAAAAAGUGGUGAACAAAUCAAACUUGGCACAAAUGAUGUGUCUCCCAUGGAUGUUGAUAGCACCAUUAGUGAAAGUUGUGUUGUUAAAGAGUGUGAUGUACAAAACAGUGAUUCAGAUGUAAAAGAUAGUGACAUUCCUGAUAGUGAUGCACACCCAGAUAAAUUGAAAGACAUGAAAGUAAGAGAUUGUGAAGUGACG